UAUCCCCGGUGGAUGGCUUAGGCGCUCUCGUUCGCUCGCCUGCGGCUCACACUUCGCACCAGGGGUACUUUGCACCCGCGAGGGUCAGGCCGAACCGCCGAGAACCAGCAAUGGGCAAACACAACAGUAAAUUGGCUCCAGAGAUGCUGGAUGACCUGGUGAGGAGCACUGAAUUUAAUGAGCAGGAGCUGAAACAGUGGUACAAAGGAUUCCUGAAAGACUGCCCUACAGGCAUCCUCAACUUGGAGGAAUUCCAGCAACUGUACAUCAAGUUUUUCCCCUAUGGUGACGCGUCCAAGUUCGCCCAGCACGCUUUCCGCACAUUUGACAAGAACGGGGAUGGGACGAUCGACUUCCGGGAGUUCAUUUGUGCUCUCUCCGUCACCUCCAGGGGGAGCUUUGAGCAAAAGUUGAAUUGGGCCUUUGAGAUGUAUGACUUGGACGGGGACGGCAAGAUCACCCGCCUAGAGAUGUUGGAGAUCAUUGAGGCAAUCUACAAGAUGGUGGGAACAGUCAUCAUGAUGCGGAUGAACCAAGAUGGGUUGACCCCCCAGCAGCGUGUUGACAAGAUCUUCACCAAGAUGGACAAGGACAAAGAUGACCAGAUCACCCUGGAAGAGUUCAAGGAAGCUGCCAAGAGCGACCCCUCCAUCGUCCUGCUGCUGCAGUGUGAUAUGCAGAAGUAGAAGGGCACGACGCGCCGCCCACCCGCCCUCUCCCCCUGCCCAGCCUUGCAUCUUUUGACCCCUUUCCCUCGGAACUGCAGGCUCCAUGCCCGGAGGCAGGAUGUGCUGUCUUCGCAUGGCCUCCUUGGCCCAAGUGAGUCCCCAAAUGAACUUCCCAGCCUCUGCCAUUUCUUUGCACAACCAUUAGCCUGGGGGAGUCCCCGUAGGCCAUGUUCUUUAACCUCAGCAAGGCAUAUCAGAUUGAAUUUCUCUGCCUCAGUCCUCUAAU